ACACAUGCAUCAACACAAGCUCAACCAUAGCCAGUAGAAAUAAGUAUCAUACUAUAUAUACAUCCUGUAUCUAGUAAUUAUUCCAAAUUAAAGAAGCUUACAUUAAUUCCAACUUGCAAGUUCGAAAUUAAUUCCAAAAGAUCAAAAUAAUAGCAAUGGCCACCACUUCAAUCUCAAACAUGGUGGUUACCUUGGAAGCCAUGAAUCCCCCUAAACUACAAGCAGCACCAGCAGCAUCUUCAUCAUCUCACACCCUGGUCACCACCACAGGAAAACCCAGCAUCAUGACAUGCAAAGCCGCCAUAAGCACCCAACUCAAACCAGAGCGACCAAUGCCCCCGAAACAAGAACAACUGGACAUAUCAUCCGUAUGGCGAAAGCUCCACGGGGAGGACAAGUGGGCCGGGCUUCUUGACCCGUUGGACCCUGGCUUGCGGCUUGAGAUAAUCCGGUACGGCGAAAUGGCACAGGCCACGUAUGAUUCCUUCGACUACGACCCAUACUCCAAGUAUUGUGGAAGCUGCAGGUACCCACAUGAGAAGCUGUUCGAGUACCUUGACAUGACGCACAUGGGCUACACCGUUUCACGCUACAUCUACGCGACGGCCAACGUCAGCCUGCCCAGCUUCUUCAAGAGGUCCAGGUUCCCUCACAAGAUGUGGAGCGACAGGGCCAACUGGGCCGGCUACAUCGCCGUUUCCGACGACCAAACCAGCAAGAGCUUGGGGAGGAGGGACAUAGCCAUUGCGUGGAGGGGGACGGUGACGCACACCGAGUGGCUGGCGGAUCUCACGAACUACCUCAGGCCUUUAUCUCCGGAGAUUCCUUGCGGCGAUCAAGGGGUGAAGGUGGAGGCGGGCUUCAUGGAUCUUUACACUGAUAAGUCCCCGCAGUGCCGUUUCUGCAAAUACUCUGCCAGACACCAGGUCCUUUCGGAGGUGAGGAAGUUGGUUGAGAAGUACAAAGACGAGGAAGUGUCGAUCACCAUCACCGGCCACAGCUUGGGCAGCGCGUUGGCCGUACUGAGCGCCUUUGACUUGGCAGAAACUGGCUUAAACGUGAAGAAAGACGGCAGCGGCAUCCACAUCUCCGUGAUCACGUUCGCCGGGCCGAGGGUGGGAAACUGGAGGUUCAAGGAGAGGCUGGAGUUGGAUCACGGCGUGAAGGUGCUUCGGGUUGUGAACACUCACGACAUUGUUCCGAAGUCGCCGGGAUUCAUCAUCAACGAGAGCUCGCCGGAGUGGGUGUACAGACUGUUCAAGUGGUUGCCUUGGAGCUACGCUCACGUUGGGGUGCAGCUGGAGUUGAACCACCGGGACUCACCUGAGUUGAACCCUAAUGGUGAUGCUUCUUGUGCUCAUAACUUGGAGGCUUAUUUGCAUCUCAUUGAUGGAUACCAGGGGAGCAAUCUUGGAUUUAAGUCAGCGACUGAAAGGGACGUUGCAUUGGUGAACAAGAGCUGUGAUUUUGUGAAAGACGAACACUCAGUGCCACCGGUGUGGUGGCAGGACAUGAACAAGGGCCUGGUCAGGGGUUCAGAUGGUCUCUGGAGGCAGCCAGAGCGCCCAAGGCAUGUCGACCACCCAGAAGAUAUUGAUCACCAUCUCAACCAACUAGGCCUCCUUCAAUCCCAAUCUUGAGUCAAGCUCUUCGCUUAAUUAGCGCAUGGACUUCAUUUUAUGAAUGAAUAAGUUAUACAAACUAAUAAACACAAAAUUACAAGUAGUACUCCUCCAUAAUGUUACAGACAGCUGUUUAGUUGUAACAUUUGAGAAAACAAUUGUUACAUGAUGUGAUAUUUAUACAAAUCCAAAGUUCGAGCUCA